AUGGCGACUCCCUCGGCCAAACCUGGCACAACGCCUACUUAUCUCACGCCUUCUCCGCACCCUUCAUCUGCGCCGCUCGCUCGAUCUCUUGCCCAUAAAUCCCCCUCCACACGAACUCCGACAGCUUCAGGACCUGGUCAUACACAAGGUAUAACUUCUUCAUCACAUCAAUACUCCACACCUCUUGCUGUGAGUAGCAAUGUGGACGAUCCUGUCAAUUUCACCUCACCAUCAGCUCUACUUGCGUUGGGAGGAUUUACUGGAAUCAGCCCAUCCCCUGCAAUCCAUGAUGGUCUUGUCGGUGCUGGCAUGAAUGAUAGUGAUAUCCAUAAUCUCGAAAUGAGUCUCAAACUUUCUGGUGGGCGGGAUAGCGACGUGGAACAGAGACAUCGCAUUGAGGAGGUUGUUGCAAUUCUCCGUACACGUGUUGCUGGAUAUGGAGUCUCCCGGGAAGGCGUCGAACGCCUAAGCCAGCUGGAGGGAUUUGAAUCUAUUUGGCAAAACAAUGACAUCAACAUUGCCGGUAACUUCGUCGAUCUUGAGAUUGAGUUCCAUGCCGGCUAUGACGUUGUGAAGAAUGUUAGUCUGCGAUAUGCUACACCCAAUUAUGAUGAAGGCGAACGGAGAGAAGAGGCAACCGAGGUUCUCAAACGCAAUCUUGUUCAAGAUAUCCAAGAUGCAGACACUGGAAACUGGAGGUCGCUUAAGGGGUUCCACACGAAUUUGCAAUGGCUUGCAAGCCUGGACAAGCUCAGCCAAGAAGUGAACUGCUUCGAGGCACUGGAGGGUCUGGAGGAGAGCUUUAGGCGAGUUUGGGAGGAAGAAAAAAGAAACCCAAAUUUGGCGAUGAUUAUGAGCAUCUUUGUUAUGGCGCCAUUGGCCGUCCUAGAAUGCACAAAGCCCAAGGCAUUGGACACAAAACAGCAGGACCUGUCGUCCGAUGGAAUGGCCAUUGAUGGCGAGGAAACCGCCCGGGACCGGGAGGUAGAAGAGCAGGAACGGAUGUGGACUGUUAUGAUUGAAUGUGAAGAGGGAUACCCAUCCUUGCGCAUUUCAAAGGAAUGGAUAGGAAGCGAAGUCUUCACAUCUGGUGAACAAAGCGAGUUGUCCCCUGCAGUCGAGGCCGCAGAAUUCGUGAAUUGGCUCGAGCCACCUCCAACCAUGCGACUGUCUCAUGGCAAUCAUCCAGACCCGAUGGCCGUGGACUCGAGCAUGCUGGAGUCAACAACGCCCAAUCGACGAUUUGUCGCUAAACUACAGCCUGCACUAGAUGUUCCCAUUCUUGUGGCCUCUGACAUAUACAGACAUCUUGGAAUGCAGUUACCACAGGAGUUCAAAUUGGUCCCAUACGAUGAAUCGUUGGUUUCAGAGUCGAAUUUGACAUCCCAACUUGGCCGGAAAAAGUGCAGGACGUCCGUACACGGACUUGAUUCGACCGGCCAGCCAUUUACCAAGAACCAUAACUACACAUUUCAAGCUUUUGAGUCUGUUCCAGGCCGCAAAAUCUACGAUCUCCCAUUCUCCCAUCCUCGGCAGCUCACCGAUAUCAUUCCAAUUUUACGUCAAUAUGCCAUGUUGGCAAGUUUGAUCCGGAAGGUCUUCAGUAUAUCCGUUCAAGACAAGGAUAAGUCCGAGUCUCCAAAAGAACCACUCGCUCUCUUUGCGGAGUAUGAAGACGACCAAGAUAUCAUUACCUUGGGCAAUGAUGACUCCGACGAAGAAAAGCUGGAUAUCUUACUGGAAACCGGGUUUUCGGAUGAAGUUUCGUUGUUCAGCGGCGAAGGCAAGAGCCACCUCAACAACAAGAUCAACAAAUAUCGGAUCCACCUGGAAGAUGUCAAAGUGGACGUAACACUACGAACGCAGUUGGGACAGGCACCAACUCUCAUGCUACUCAUUACAGAUCCUGGCGAGCAGAUGCAUGGUAACAAGACCUCACGCAGACCAGCCCAGUUUUCCCUCUGUUUCGAAGUGGGCCCCAACGGCCGCAUUUCCGCAUUGGAAAGUACAGGACUCAUCCAAAAGACCAAGGAUGACGGUGACACGGAUAUGCAAGGGACUGAUGUAAAUGUCACGCUGCAGGAACUUCACCAGAAGAUCUCCGAGAAAUUGGAGACAUCACAAGACUUGGGAAUACUGGUAGAGUGGGUCCUGCGUUGGCUGCGGCAGCGGGCCGGCAGCGGCUGA